GCUCGGCGCAAACAAGUACAAGGUAACUGUGAUGCGAGGGGAUAGAGAACUCUGGUGACUAUGACUGAAGACAGUGAGCAGGCCGAGCCAAAUGAGCGACAGCGAGCAGCGGAUAUUGGCUUUGCGCGUAUCUGGUCGGUCGCGGACAUCAUGCGAAUCGCUCUCGUGGUGGCUGUCGCCGAUGCCGCGUCUCCGCCACCCUUGGACCGGGCUCUUUCCAACGAGAACGCUCAGAUCGCCGGCCUUACCAUCUCAGUCGUAUCUCAGCUGCUUGAAGUUUUGUUCGUUGCUCUGAUUGCAAUUGUCUGCACGUCCAGGCCAAAGAGGAACUUCUGCGUGGUGACGACUGGGCAAUCUAGACAUGAUGGGCGGCCAACCUCUCCAAAAAAAAAAAAACGCAUCCCAUUGAGCGGCCGUAUAAGCUGCUUCAAAGCGUGAAGAUCAGCUGACACUGCCCUUCGCUGGCUCUCGUCAAUGGUGCUGCCGCUUGGCGCAAAUCCGAGCCUCGUCACUAAACUCCAGCCAGGAGCGUGGUCUGCUGCACUUCGUCCAAUUGAAACCGUGAUUACUGGGCACUGACCAAGACCAAACGCCAGCAGAUGGCUGUGUUGCGCCAGACGCUAUCGACGAGUCUGCGCUUCAAUCGUGAAGCUACGGUAACUCGC